GUUGCAUGCAAGCGUCGAGCGUCGAUCGUCAAGCAGCAGCCAAUCAACAAAGUCUGCUGCUUGACGAUCGACGCUGGCAUGCAACUGCACCUUUAAAUCGCUCGGCGAGCAGGUCCAGCUGCUUUGCAUAUUUUAACUCACAUUAAUACGUACAGUAAAGAAGUGCUGGAUCCUAAUAGCAGUGUUACAAUCUAAGUUUAAAAACUAGGCAUCGUACACAAUUUUGACAAAGGAAAAAUCGUCUCAGAAUUGACUCAGCUAUACGACACUUUAAAGACGAACGGUUGUUCUAAAUCACCCUGUAUAGUAAUCAACAAUCAAAAUAAAAGAUACGCCGACGACAACGAUAAGCGACGAAUAGUUCAGCAGGUUGUAACUUGUCGCAGACGAAAGAAGCUCGUACAGCCCGACGAGAGCAACUUUUAAGGGAAAACGAGAUUUACGAAGAAGCUGAAGUACUGUUAUAUGGCCCUAAGAUUGCUAGCCGGAAAUACUACUUUGGCAAAAUGGACUGCCAACUCACUACGUCGUGCCGGGCUGUGUGAAAAUCAUUUCGACCCAAGUUCCUUCAAGGAAGGACCAACAAAGAAGAAAAAUUUUAAGACGUUAAAAAGAGAUGUUGUUCCAGUGAAAUUUAACGGCUACUCACAACACGAAUUGGAAACAAAAAAUACAGGUACAAACCAAAAUUUAACGUUACCGGCAGAAAUAGAUAUAAAUAAUGACACAGAAAUAGUGUCACAAGAAAUUAUUACUGACAACGUCGAAAUAAAUUUCAAUAAUGACACAGAAAUAGUGUCCCAAACAAUUAAUAAUGAUAACGUCAAAAUUAAUGUUCCAAAUUACCGAUACAUUAAAACGUACCAACGUGCAAAAGAGAUGUAUUUUUAUUCUUCGGAUGAAGAAGAAAAUGUAAGUGAAUAGAUUAAUGAGGAACCAUCGGAGAUAAAAGAUGUGUGUAAUGUGGAUAUACCUGUAAUUGAAGAAAAAAGGGGGAAGCAUGCAAGCGAGAAAUCAAAAUCAGAAGUAGCACAAGUGGAACUUUUAAAGCGAGAAAAUCUUCGUUUGCGUAAAAUUAUUAAAAAGUUAAAAUUUUGUUUGCGUACUCGACAAAUUUCAAAUAGAAAAACGACAAGUAAAAAGAGCCAAAAAAAAUUAUACAAAAUUUUAUUGAAAAUCAAAAUUUACAUCCUGUUGCUCAAGCAAUGAUAACUUUGCAACUGCACACACCUAAUGCACCGUAUACGCAAGAAGAGAAAAGUCUUGCGCAACAAUUAUUUUAUUACUCUGCUUCUGCAUUGCGCCGCUUACGACAGGCAGGUUGCACGUUCCCUUGUGAAUGAACUAUUAGAAGAUGUCACGAAGAAUACAAUAUUGUGCCAGGAUUUUGCGAUUUUGUUUUUUUUAAACUACAAGAGAAACUCGCAGACUUGCCUGCGGAAGAAAGAGUAUGUGCCUUGAAAUGGGACGAGAUGUCAAUAAAAUCAUAUCAAGAAUAUUCACCUCAUUUAGAUCAAGUAGAAGGACUUGUAGAUCUUGGGCCUUUAGGAAGAAGAAACGAAAAUGCUAAAUGUGUUUUUGUCUUUUGCUUAGAUAGUAUUAACGCGCGUAACCCGUGGC